AAGGCAACACCACAUAGAGGCACUUAUCCGCUUCCCACCCUGUAAGAACUCCAGGUACCCGAGAAGGAAUAAGAGAGACAAAACAUUCUAAGUGAAAAUCAUGCCUCCCUCUUGCUUUCCGACCACCGCCAGCGAUGUGUUUGAGAUUGGCAAGUACAAGGCUGAACUCAGGAGAGUCGAGGCCUCGGCUACAUCGCCGGCGGCAACGGCAUCGUGCGCUACCGCGGACCGGCCUCCGAAGCCUCUCCUGAUCGCGUUCCCCGCGGACGCCCCCGGGGAGUUCCCGGUGCUGGUGUUCCUCCACGGCUAUCUCCUCUACAACUCGUUCUACUCGCAGCUCAUCCGGCACGUCUCGUCCCACGGGUUUGUCGUCGUCGCCCCUCAGCUGUACACCGUGGCCGGGCCAGACACGACCGACGAGAUCAACUCCGCCGCGGCGACCACGAACUGGCUGCCCCGCGGCCUCGCCGGCCUCCUCCCGCCCCAAGUCCGCCCGAACCUCGCCAAGCUCGCCGUCGCCGGCCACAGCCGCGGGGGCAAGGCCGCCUUCGCGCUCGCCCUCGGCAAGUCGGCGACCCCGCUCGCCCUCCCCUUCUCGGCCCUGCUCGGCAUCGACCCCGUCGACGGCAUGGACAAGGGCAAGCAGACCCCGCCUCCCGUGCUCACCUGCGCCCCCCGCUCCUUCGACCUCGGCAUGCCCGUGGUGGUCGUCGGGUCGGGCCUGGGCGAGGUCCGGAAGAACCCGCUCUUCCCGGCGUGCGCGCAGGGGGUGAACCACGCGGACUUCUUCGCGGAGUGCCGGCCACCUGCUUGUUACUUUGUCGCCGAGAAGUACGGGCACCUGGACAUGCUGGACGACGAGACGGAGGGGUUGAGGGGGAAGGCCACGUACUGCCUGUGCAAGAACGGGAGGGCCAGGGAGCCCAUGAGGAGGUUCGUGGGCGGGGUCGUGGUGGCGUUCCUGAGGGCUUAUUUGGAAGGCGACGACGCGGCCUUGAUGGGCUUGAGGGACGGGCAUGAGGUCGCUCCCGUGGAGCUGCAGAAGGUCGAGUUUCUGCCGUGAAAGCUUUUGAGUUACGUUUCGGCUUUUUCCGUAGAAGCAUAGAAGAUUCGAACUUUUGUUAUGAUCCUGUCUGAGGGAAGAUGAAAAUGGCGCUGUGAUGAUUAUUGAUUUGGUUGUAAAUGUGCAUCAUAUAGUUUGCGAAAACCUUGUUGUAGCCCGAAGUUUGUAUGUAACGUUUGUGAAAGAGUAGUAUCGAUUUUGCAUCGUAGGAUGGCGAA